GUCAUUUUGUCAAUACUGGGGUCAAAAAUCAAAGUGUAAAGGACAAACUUGCUUAUCUACGCAGUUAGAUAAAAAACAAUGCAAAAUGGCUGAAAGUGAAGACCUUGAGUUUAACCCCUUCUAUCAAGCGCUACAAAAUCAGUUUUUACCCCUCUAUGACAGAGCUCAACACAACUGUUGGCUAGUGUGCAUCCCUAAAGCAUUGUCACUUGCAGGAUGCACCAUCAACAAGCAGUUUGUAGAUAUGCAUCUGCUGGAACCAUCACUUAUGUACAGAGAUCGCUACAACUCGAACGUUGGAAGUCAGAGGGUGACGUGGCAUAUGCAAGGAAACACUAUUCAAUCUCUAUCUGCUAGUGGGACGAUUAAGGCCACUGUAUUAUCAGAGGAGUUGGCUUACAACAGGGCACUCCAACAGUUCAAGAUAUUCAUUCUAGACAGACCACUGGACCCAGAAUACAAGCCUUCUGCAACCUCUACUAUGAUCCAGGACUCACUGAAGGUGAAGCGUACCUACCACGAACAGAAAAUAUUCCUCUUGUCCUUCUACCACCAUAAGCAGCCGCUAGCUGAGCUGGAUGCCAAGAUCUCCUCCUUCUUCAAGAACUACAUGAUAGUUGAGACAGAGAGCUUACUGCAAGACACAGCCUCCAAACUCAGGGCCAUGGCUCACCAGGCAGCCACUAGCUUCCUGGCUGCUAACAGUGAUGACGAGAGGAUGAGUGAUCGGAGGAUACGGGAGGUGGUCUGGCUGGCAGUUGAGGGUGUUCUGCUCUGCUCAGUGCACACCAAGGUUUACCCAGCUGUAUGUGGGCUACACAAGAAACAAGAGGCAAUAUUCAACAAACGAUGCCAUCUGCUCAGAGGAAAACUAACACCGCAAUUUCUGGGGCUGUCUAAUGACUUUCAGAGUGACUAUCGCAAGACUCUCGGAGAGCUGAAUAAAAUGGACUCCAUUAGCUCACCAUUGGAGGGGCUGUACACGUUUCAAGAUGCUCUAGAGAAUAUCAUGGAAGAUGUUAGGGACAAUUUCAGAAAUAGUUUGAGACUAGGAGAGCCACCACCGCUUGCCUCGGACGAUCUCAUUGCACUACUGGCAACCAUCGUAGUGCAAAUGGAAUGCAGUCAUCUGCUGAGCAGUGUGUAUUACAUGGAGCACUUCCAUUGGUCUCUGUCAGAUGCAGACAGACUCAGUUUCUCCCUCGUCACUCUCAGGGCUGUCGUUGAGUACCUCAAAGGACCAGAGGUAGAGAAACUACUGCCAGCAGCCAAAGAGCCGCAGAGAAGGCCUCCCCCCAAAAUCCUGGAGAGCCAGUCCUCCUCAUCUUGGACCAGCCUUGGCUCUAUAGCCACACCCCCAAUACCAUUGGACGAUAUAAAGACAGCGGAGCACCAUAUUAUUGUCAGCAAACCAUCGAGGGGGGAGAGAAAAAAGAAGGAGGAGAAGAAGUCAGAGCUCGGCCCUUUCCUCUCUAUGCUCAUGACCAGUGAGACAGUGUCCUCCAAUUUCUACUCGGACAGCUAACCCCUCCCCCCCAACCAACCCCCCUAACUCCCCCAACCCCCCCUAACUCUCUUCUCAUUGUGUGCUAUGUCUUCAAGAGUGUCUUGUAGUGUGUGUGUGUGUGUGUGUGAAUAUAUUGAACUACAAAAUUCAGAUCAUUUUAUUGUUGCAA